GAGUUCGACCUCUACUUCAUACUGAUCAGAAACACAAAAUAACCACCGGUACCUUUUGUAGACCUAAUCAGAUCGCCAGAUAUGUAUACCUGUGCUAAGUUUGUCUCAACGUCCACUCUGGUCCGUGUUGGAGCUCAGGUGCUUUAUCGUCCACUUUCAGCAGCGGUUGUGUCAGAUGCAAAGAGAAUAGAGGCUGCUUCACUCAUGGUACCACAGAGUCUUGCUGCCCCCCAGCAGCAGAUGGCGUUGAGGGCAUUUCAGACCAGUGCUGUGAGCCAUGACAUCGACACUGCAGCAAAGUUCAUUGGAGCGGGAGCUGCUACUGUGGGAGUGGCUGGAUCUGGAGCUGGGAUCGGAACGGUGUUUGGGAGCCUUAUUAUUGGAUAUGCCAGGAAUCCCUCUCUGAAGCAGCAGCUCUUCUCCUACGCCAUCUUGGGCUUUGCCCUGUCAGAAGCCAUGGGUCUCUUCUGUCUGAUGGUCGCAUUCCUUAUUCUCUUUGCGAUGUAAUAGUUACCUACAUACUCCAGAAAGGGCUGUAUAAUGUUGUGAACAAGAAUUUACAUCAGUAGUUUUGAGGUGCUCGGUUUGUAACAUCAUGAUGCACCAAACACUGCAAAGCCAAAAUUAUGAAUGAUGGUUUUGUCAUCAUGUUGUAUAUUUCAUGGUUUUUGUUAGUGAUCAUGCAUCUAAAAAAAAAAAGAAGUUGAACAUUUAUUUUA